CGGUGUUUGUCUUGCUCAGGAACACAUGCUUGGUGUUCUUCUUGUGUUCUUAAAGCUCAUCAACACAACCCCUUCCACAACCUUCAACUCUGGAAUGGCAGGUUCUACGAGACUACUACCCUGCAGGCUCAAGGGUAUAUAAUGUAUCUUGGCCAUGGGGGGGAACCUUGCCCCAAUCUCUCACAUCAGCCAGACCCAUCUCCCUGGGAAGAUCUUGGGUCCAUGGAAGAUGUGUUUGCACAGGAGGAGGGGGAUACAAUUAAUGACACGCAGUCAGGAGUAUCUAACCUGGUCAUUGUACACUCUACUGGUGUUUACUCACACAGUGUAUCAUGGUGCUGGUGUCCUGGAGCUGAGAAGGCACAUCAUCUCCAUCUCAUGAAAGCAAGGUUAUUUCCUGCCAGUAUCACUCGCCCUCGAUCUGCUUUCACAUUCGAUGUCCUGGAUAACUUCCUCAUAGACACUUUGGAGUGCAAGACUUCAGCCAUGAGUUUCUAUCAAAAGCUCCGUCGGUUCACAAACAAUGCUUUCCCUGAUAAAAUACCAGAUCGAUACCGUGAGCUUAUGCGAGUGUCACGUAUAUGGCGGGAUUUGGUCAAUAGAAAAAGGUUCGGGUUUGGACAUGACACGGAACGGUCCCCUGGUCCAGGGGAUUUAGCCCUUUAUUGCCCAACAUGUCCACAACCUGGAAUCAACUUGCCAACGUCUUGGAGAUAUGACUAUGAAGAGUGGUUAGUUAUGCGAAGAUAUGUGGUCGAUGGAAAUUUCACAGCACAACAUAUGAAAAUGAAAAUUCCGGAAGACGAUGUUUCUCUAGCAGAUGGAAAGGGAUACAUGGUAACAGAGGGACCUUAUCAAGCUCACAUCCAUGAUUCUGUAGAAGAGAAAGAGGCAAGUGAUGAUUUUGAACGAUUGAAAUCCACUUGCAGCAAUCAUCGGGCAGUGAAUGCAACAAACAUCCAAAGAAGCAACCUUAGAGCUACAGGGGUUGGGGCAACAGCAUGUGCCAGGCAUGGAUGCUUUGUUCCUCACACAGUGGUGGACUUUCAAAAGGGAGAGCGGCACAUGAACAUGGACUAUUCCAUUUGCAAUGCGGUUAAAUAUACACCCGAACAUAUUGGCAGUAUGCUCAUCAUCUAUGAUGUUGCAUGUCAGUGGAGUAUUCACUUUGCUGAACGGGUGGACCAAAGCUAUCAUCUGUCCCUUCCCGAGGGGACCGAAAUAUUACCUGCACCAGGCAUAUUGAUGGGGAAAUAUUGGAGACGCUCUGGGCUCCUUUCAACAAGAUUUCCCCUACUGCAAGAUCCAUUCAAGUCAUUACUCAAAAAGUAUCGUCAAGCCCUACAGGGUGUUAGUGACACUCAGGGUCCAUAUGAGGAAUUAACCAAAUCGCUUGACUUGGAUGAUGUUCAGGAGUGGAAAAAGGCAGCCAAAAAAGCGGCUCAGGACCGUGGAGAGCUUCUUGACAUCUAUCAGCUUAAAAUGGACAAAGCACCCUCUAUGGCUGAAAUACGUCUCAGAUUGACUGAAAAUGAACUAUCUGCUAAUGGUAGGACUGGGUCUGUUGCAUGGUUGAUCGAGGGUAUAAAUAUAGAAAAUUCUCAAGAUGCCUUGAGAUUGUCUAUAAGGCAGCUGCCCCAGGAUCCGACUGCUUCUCAGAGAACCGCGAUUGAAGAAAAAAGGCAAAAGCUCAUGGCACGGAUUAUUAAGUUCCAUGAGGCUGCAGAGGUCAUGACUAAUGGUAUGGAAUUGAAGGGAGGUGAAGGAGCACCACUGGACAACCCUGAACUGUGCCUGGAGGAGGCUGACAUAUCCAAUAUGGAAGAUCCAGAGGAAGAGGACAUUUUGGACUUUGACAGUAAUAUUGACUCACCUGCAGAAGUCACUGAGAUUUGGAUGCCAUCAUGGGCAACCUCUGGUCACAUCAUGGAUGAUGUCAUCUUGGCAUUACGUCAAGAAGAACUCGAGCUUCAGAAGGGCCAAGCAAACGACUGCCUGGAAAAGCUUCGUCAAGCCCUGGGUGAUAGAUCAGUUGUCUUUCGGGAGAAAAUACACUCCAACAAAUCAGUCCAUCACCAGGGCACUAGAUCUAAAAAGGAACUUCAAAUGAUAACUCUCUCCAUCAACAGACAUGCAAGAGGCUACAGCCGGGCAAGGGCUGCAAUGCUCCACCUAGGGGCUGACUCUGAUACAGUGGCAGUGUAUCAACCCCUAAAGCCUCAGGACCUAGUGGUGAGCAAAGAAGUCACAGAAGAAAACAGACAUGGGCAGGGUUCAGAUAAAUUGGCUUGGUUUUGGAGGAUCAACAAUGCAGAGGACAGUCAGAAGAACGUAUGGAUGAAUGAGUUUUAUCGUGUGAAUUGGUUGAAAGCUAAAGCAAGGUACGACUGUUGGUCAGAAGAACUGAAAUUGGUACAACAUGAAAUGUUUUGGACCAUAUCCUGGUUUCGGACACAGGAGGAGAGGUGGAGAGUUUGGGCAGAUGAAAGCAUCAAGAAUGGGAAUAGGGCAUAUGCUGAGAGGCAGGCAUCUAUGUGGGCAGAAUUUUCAGCUCAGGGCCUCGAGAAUUUUGAAGGAAAAUUACUUAUAACAAGUUGA